AUGUCUGCGCACUAUUAUCCCCCUCCGCCUGGCGCACCCCAGCAGGCUGCCGCUCCCCCGCACCAGCAGAGCUAUCCACCACCUCCCCAAAGCCCGCCGGCCAACAGGACCAACUUCUCAUAUCCCCCGCCGCCUCAACAAGGCUCGAGCCCGGGCAGGACUUAUCCUCCUCCGCCUCAGUCAGGUCCCACGCCUACGCCGCCUCCUCAGUCCUCCACGCCAUCUUAUCCGCUCCCGCCCCAGCAGCAAGCUCAGUUCUCACCACCUCCGCAGCAGCAGGCCCAUCUCCAGCCCGGUCAGCAGACCACACUUGCCAUGCACGGCAGGACGCCUUCGCAGACGUCUCAGACUGGUUCGCUCUCGGGACCGCCGCAGUAUUCUGGACCGCCUGGAGCAGGCUACCCUCCGGAGAAGACCCAGCAUGAGGACGACUCCCCACUUGACACCAGCAACCCUGCCAACCUGCAGUCCGGGGCUCCUCCGGCAGGCCACUUCGUUGGUGCAAGUGCGACAGUCGACGAUGUCGGGACCUUCAACGGAGGUAGUUACCGAAUUAGCCAUCGGGACUGUAACACGAUCCUCACGAUUCAGCUCGCAAUCAAUUGUCCUCUCGAUGCGAAGCCAGGAACCAUGAUUGCCAUGUCGCCAUCGAUCCACCUCAAGGGUCAAUACAAAUUCAGUAUGAAGAAACUGGUGGCUGGUGGUGAGAUGGGCAGUUCAACUUUCACGGGCCCGGGAGAACUGCUGCUCGGACCCCCCAUGCUAGGUGAUAUCACCAGCCUUCGGCUCACAGGCAAGGAGUCUUGGUCUGUAGGCCAUGACGGGUAUCUCGCCUCGACUCAAGGUGUCACCAAGGAAUACAAGCGGCAAGGUAUUGGAAAGGCCAUGUUCAGUGGCGAGGGCAUGUGGGUGUACAGGAUAGGUGGGACAGGUCUGCUAUGGCUCACAAGCUUCGGGGCCAUCAUUCGCAAAGAUCUGGCCGACGGCGAGAAAUAUAUCGUGGAUAAUGGCCAUCUCGUUGCGUGGAACACGAAGUACAUCCUCGAGCGAGUUGCCUCGGGCGGCAUCAUUUCUGGGCUAGCCUCAGGGGAAGGCCUUGUCUGCAAGUUUACAGGACCUGGGACUGUAUUCCUUCAGACCAGAAACGCGAAAGCCUUCAGCGCCUACAUGUCAGGCCAGGUCAACCAGACCAUGUGA